AUGCUGAACAAGGUGUGGAGUUUCCUUUAUGUUCUCAGUAUUGGUGCAGUGAUUAACUUAUUAUUACAUGGGGACACAUACUACAAUAGUAAUUACAACAAUGAUAUCAGCGGAUCAAAGUUGUCGAAUUUACUGAAAUUACCUAUUGGAAUGCAGAACUUCUUAAGGCAAAAUCAACAUUAUUUAAACCAAGAAAUGCCGGACAAGACACCGCAGUUCGGAGAUACUUUUGAUUUUAUAAUAAUUGGCGCCGGUACGGCUGGAGCAACCAUAGCCGCAAGACUAAGCGAAGUGCCACAAAUUAAAGUACUGCUGAUCGAAGCUGGUUCCAGUGAAAACCUUUUUAUGGAUAUCCCAAUAAUCGCUCCCAUCCUCCAGAUAUACAGUAAAAUAAAUUGGAACUAUCAGACCAAAUCAUCCCACAAGUACUGUCGUGGCAUGAAAAAUAAUAGUUGCCAUUGGGCGAGUGGAAAAGUAGUCGGUGGCAAUAGUGUGCUAAAUUUUAUGAUAGCAUCUAGAGGCAGCGCCAAAAGUUACGAUCGAUGGGCCGAGAUGGGGAACGAAGGCUGGGCAUACCAGAACGUCCUCCAGUAUUUCAAAAAACUGGAAACAAUGGAUAUUCCAGGGCUGAAAUCGGAUAUUAACUACCACGGUACCGAUGGACCAGUACAUAUCACAUACCCGCCAUUUCAUACCUUGUUAGCAGAAGCCUUUCUAGAAGCUGGCAAGGAGCUGGGAUAUUCACUAGUGGAUUACAAUGGAAAGAACAAAAUAGGAUUCUCAUAUCUGCAAACCACAAUCAUGAAUGGCACUCGCAUGAGUAGCAAUAGGGCAUACUUGCAUCCCGUGCACGGUCGCACCAAUCUUCAUUUGACUCGUAAAAGUACGGUGACGAAAGUGCUAAUCGAUCGUAUUACAAAUCGAGCAAUCGGCGUAGAAUUCGUCAAGAAUAAGCAAACAAUACGUGUGUUUGCGAAGAAAGAAGUAAUUCUAUGUGCAGGUGCCAUUAGAUCGUCGCAAUUAUUAAUGCUUUCCGGCAUCGGACCAGCAAAACAUCUUACCGACCUAGGCAUAAAUGUAAUUCGAGAUGCGCCAGUCGGUGAAAACCUCAUAGACCAUAUAACCUUCUUUGGAUUGACAUUUACAACAAACGCAGCAGUCGGUUACCAGUUAUUCGAUCUGAUAAAUCCGUUUAAUUCGCAUAUAUCAGACUUCUCAAUCAAUCGAAUGGGAUGGUUUACGAUUCCGGGCGGGUGCGAGGCCCUCGGUUUCGUCAACACAAAACACAUAGAAAAAAAUAAUAAUUUACCACAGUCGGAUCUCCACUAG